CCCAACCUCCUGGUGGGUCAAAUCACCUUAAUUUACCGCAUCCACAAGGCUGCACGGGAGCAUGCCCUUCGUAUUUAGGAUCAGGUGGGAGAUGUCUCCAGAUUUACAAGUCCAACCAUGGCUCUCUGUGUGGCAGCCGUAGCAGCGCUGCACCUGCUGCAUCUCCUGUCCGCCGCACCAGCGCUCCACGCAGCCACCAGCGUAGCAUCGCCAGGUUGCCUCAGCGAGUGCGGCGAGGUCAGUAUACCUUACCCGUUCGGUGUCGGCGCCGGCUGCUACGCCGAGGGGUUCCAGCUCACCUGCGACGAGACCCACGACGCCCCAAAGCUCCUGUUGGGCAACACUAGUGUGGUGGUGCUCAACAUCUCUCUGCACGACGGGAGCCUGCACAUCGACAACGGCGUCGUCAGUCUGACGGGGAGAAGCCUGUACAGCAUGGACUGGGGGAUCCCCCUCGGCGGCAACGGCAUCUUCACGCUGUCCUCGUUCUGGAACAGCUUCUUCGUCAUGGGGUGCGGGUUCAGGUUCCAGGUCAGGCAGCCGGGCGCGGACAACAUGAUCGUCGUGUGCCGUUCGCGGUGCCUGAGCGGGCGUCCCGCGGUAGCCACCGACGGCACCUGCUCGGGUGCUGGAUGCUGCGAGGCGUCCUUGCCCGGAUCGAGCAGCAUGUACUCGAUCAAGCUCGAAUCUCUGGACGGCACCGCGACGGAGGAGCAGCCGCCGUUCAACGCCACGUUUGUCAUCGCGGAUAAGGAGUGGUGGAUCACAGGCAACCACGGUAUGCUUCUGCAGGAGGCCGUCUCGGAUGGCCAGCUGGGCGUGUCGUCUGGCUCCGCUCUUCCGCUGCAGAUCAAGGCUGGUGGCAAGUGGAACUUUGGAAACCUGUCUUGUGCGGACGCUCCGAGGUCAAGUGGCUAUGGGUGCCUUAGCUCCAACAGCUACUGCCAUGAUCACUGGAACGGUGAAUCGUCUGGGUACAUAUGCCGCUGCAGCGACGGCUACGAGGGCAACCCUUACAUAAGAAAUGGAUGCAAAGCAAAUGUUGACGAGUGCACAAUCCGAGACAAGUACCAGUGCUUUGGUGACUGCAUUAACGUGGAUGGAUUUUAUAAGUGCGUCUGUCCACUUGGCACCUCUGGAAACCCCAUGGAACCACAUGGAUGCAUCCAAGAUACAGAGAAGUUCUCAGGAUUAGCUGUUGCCACAGGGAUUUGCUGUGGCGGGUGCCUUGUUCUUCUCAUCUUCGCUGCCAUCCUCCUGAGGCAAAAGCUAAGAGCCCGGAAAGCCAAGAAGCUGAGGAACUUUUACUUCAGGAAGAACCGUGGGUUGCUGCUGCAACAACUGGUAGACAAGGACAUUGCUGAAAGGAUGAUCUUCAGCCUGGAAGAGCUAGAGAAGGCAACAGAUACGUUCAACGUGGAUCGCAAGAUCGGCAAGGGAGGCCAUGGUACCGUCUACAAGGGCAUUCUGUCCGACCAACGCGUCGUAGCCAUUAAAAUGUCAAGACGAGCGGUGCAGAGCGAGACUGACAACUUCAUAAACGAGGUCGCCAUUCUUUCCCAGGUGAACCACAGGAACGUGGUAAAGCUCUUCGGAUGCUGCCUGGAGACAGAGGUCCCACUGCUAGUGUACGAGUUCAUCUCGAAUGGAACCCUUCAUGAGCACCUUCAUGUCAGCUCUUCGCAGUCGUUGCCAUGGAGGGAACGGCUGAGGAUCGCACUUGAAGUCGCGCGAUCUCUUGCGUAUCUACACUCUGCUGCUUCCCUGUCAAUAGUUCACAGGGACAUCAAGGCUACCAAUAUUCUGCUUGACGACAAUCUAACGGCGAAGGUGUCGGACUUUGGAGCUUCUCGUGGCAUCCCUAUUGACGAGACCAGAAUAACCACCGCCAUCCAAGGAACUUUUGGGUACCUGGAUCCGGAAUGCUAUAACACGAGACGGCUCACCGAGAAGAGCGACGUGUACAGCUUCGGCGUCAUGCUUGUGGAGCUUCUAACAAGGGAGAAACCGCAUGUCUACAUGUCAGCGGCAGGCGACAGUCUAGUGGAGCAGUUCCUGAUACUACACAGGCAAGACAAGCUCGCUGAGAUACUGGACCCGCAGGUUGCCAAGGAAGGGGAGGAAGAAGCCCGAGUAGUGGCCGAGAUCGCAGCGAUGUGUGUGAGCUCAAGCGGGGACGAUAGGCCCACCAUGAAGCAAGUCGAGAUGGGACUCGAGGUGCUGCAAAGCGCAGCGACCAGCGUUAAGAACACUCCGAGAACUGAGGAGCACGUCGUGGACAUUCCUUCAGCUGGGCGCCGACAGAGUGGCGGUACUACUGACGGGAAGAACAUCAGCAGGCGGUUUAGUAUGGAAAGGGAGGUCUUGUUGUCCAUGGAUUUCCCACGCUAACUUGGGUCCAUUUUUGUACUCC